AUCACUUUCCUUCUCUUCAAAACAUUUAAAUUUUCCGGUCCUUUUGUUGAAAGAAAUCGCAUAACUGAAGAACCCUAACAAUGGAAUCAACAGAUGAAUACUCGCCCCAUCAAUCACAACCCCAGCAAUAUACUACUAAUACCCACUUAAAUUCAGUCGAUUUUGAUCCGUCCCAAACAGCAAAAUUCUUGUCUGAUAUCCUCAACACAGCAUCACCACAUGACAUGGAAUCUGCACUGUCUUCGGCCGGAGUUAAUCUCACUUCCGACAUUAUCCAUGAGGUACUUAAACUUUCUUACAGUAAUCCCACUUCGUCCAUCGAAUUCUUUCGAUGGGCGGGCCGGUCUGUUAAGCACACCCCGUAUUCUUGGAAUUUAAUGGUGGAUAUGCUAGGUAAAAACCAGUUAUUUGAUGAAAUGUGGAAUGCAAUUCGGUCUAUGAAACAAGAAAAUGUGUUGUCUAUGGCUAGUUUCGCUUCGGUUUUUGGUAGCUAUUGUAAAGCUGGGAGAUUUAGUGAUGCUGUUAUGAGUUUUGAUGUGAUGGAUAAGUAUGGUGUUGAGCAAGAUGUGGUUGCUAUGAAUUCUCUUUUGAGUGCCAUUUGUAAUGAGGGUAAUCAAACUAGUAAUGCUAUGGAGUUUUUUGAUCGGAUGAAGGCGAAGAUUAAGCCGGAUGGGGAUAGUUAUUGUAUUUUGUUGGAGGGUUGGGAGAAAGAAGGGAAUGCGGGUAAAGCUAAGAGUACGUUUGGUGAGAUGGUGAUACGCAUUGGAUGGGAUCCGGAGAAUAUGCCUGCUUAUGAUUCUAUUUUGAGCUUGCUUAUACGAGAAUCGCAGACUGAUGAUGCUAUUGCGUUCCUUCGGCUUAUGAAGAAGAAGAAUUGUCUUCCGGGUUUGAGUUUUUUCUCCAAUGCUCUUGAUGUGCUUUUUAAGAGGCAUGAUUAUGUGCAUGCUAUUCUGAUGUGGGAUAUGAUGGUGGAUGGUGGGUCAAUGCCCGAUUUGAUUAUGUAUAACUCCAUGAUUGGCUUGCUUUGCAAUAACAAUAACAUUGAUACUGCGUUUCGAUUGUUUGAUGAGAUGAUCUGUCAUGGAGCUUUUCCUGAUUUUUUGACUUAUAAAAUGAUUUUCCGAUGUCUCCUUAAGAAUAAAAAGGUUUCCCAAGCUCGUAGCUUCUUCCAUGAAAUGGUCAAGAAUGAAAACCCUCCUACUCAUUUUGAUUGUGCUGCAUCCAUCACAAUGUUUACGAGCGGUGGUGACCCUGAAAUGGCUGUUGAGAUAUGGGACUAUAUGAUCCAGAAUCAGGAGUUGUCUCUUGAUGAGAGUGCAAACGCUCUUCUUGUUGGGAUUAGUAAUUUGGGUAGGUUGUCGGAGGUAAUUAGGUUCGCUGAAGAUAUGUUUGAUAGAAGAGUAAUUAUUUAUGAAUCAACUAUGACAAAGCUGAAAACUGCUUUUUAUAACAAGGGUAGAAAUUCAAGGGACAGGUUUGACAACCUCUUGAGGAAAUGGAAAUCUGAAGCUGUAUAGUGAAAUUCCUGUCCACUCUGCUAUUGCUUGAAAUCAUUCCGUACACGGGUGAGUCAUUAGAGGAAGUGGCUUGUGCUGAUAGCCUUUCAAGGAGAUGGUAAGCUUUCCUGUAACUAUGCUGUAAAUUCGAUAUAUAUUCGUUUAGAUCAAAUGUUAGGUAUGCAGAUGCUAUACUGUAAUUUCCUCUUUGUUAAUCUAUGGAGCAAGCUAUAAUUUCCAUUCAUGCAUUGCUCAAGAACAUUUUUGACAGGGGCAUUCAUUAAUAUUAAUGCAUUGCUGUGAGGUUAACGUGCUA